AAUAAUGAAAACGUGUUAUCAUUUGUAACAAAAUGGGUAAACAAUGUGUUGAUUGCCAUCAAUAAUAUCGGUGACCGAAAUGUCCGUAAAUAUUGACGACUUUGACAUCAGUAGCAAAAUCAGCGACGACUUGAAGACACGGAUCCAAUUGUUUCAUGUGUUUGACGACACUAUUGGUACAAACAUAUUGUUUGUGACCUCCGAAGACUCGGUCUAUGGGUUCGGGAGCAACGACUCGGGCACAUGUGGUCAGGGAUAUGAAGAGCGACCGGUUUGGGAACCGUUGCCACUGCCAGAGCUCAGCCGACGUGGGAUUCGCCAGUUUUUCUGUGGCCAAAACUUUGUGGUGGCGUUGAGUUACGCCGCAGACCAUCAAGUGUACAGUUGGGGUCACAACUUUGACGGACAACUCGGUCGCGGAUCAGUUGUUGAGGAGUGUCUGAAACCGGCGCGAAUUGACUUCUUUACCGAUGAAGGUGUCCGCGUAACUCAAAUCAGUUGUGGUUUUGAGCACUGUAUGGCACUGACCACUACUGGUCACGUGUAUGCGUGGGGCGCCAAUAGUGAUGGACAAGUAGGCGCCGGUGACAGUGAUGUACAGAUAUUUCCGACACCCAUACGAAUUCGUUUUAAAGAUAAUGAAACCAAAAUCAAAGAGAUUUACUCUUUUAAGAAGUCUUCAUUUGCUCUGACCAUUGAUGGACAGGUAUAUAGUUGGGGAGAAAAUGAAGAUACUCUUCAUUUGGGUCACAAGACUCUCGUUAAUAUUAAUCGCCCGAAACUUAUAAAACACUUGAUAAACGUACGGUCUAUCGGUACUUCCGGUGUCAACACAUACUUCCUGACCAAUGACGGCGAGCUAUACUUUAGUGGUCGAUUCAAGAAGGGAUUUGUUAAACGGCCAAAACCGAUGGAAAACUGUCCGCCGCAUCGGUUUAUAGCUCUACAGCACUGUUACUCUUAUUGUAAUCAAGAAUCUCUUGUGAUGGCACUGACCAGUGAUGGUGUCUAUAAGAUAGUUGUUCCCAAUGACAUCACCAAAACCAAUAGCACUAACCUAAGUUCAUACUGUGCUCUCAUUCAUGAUAUAACUUAUAAGACUGUUCUCAUAAAUCCUAAUUUUAAUGCUAUUAGAGUAAGCAUUGAUAAUGGUAUCAACAAUAACAGUGUUGUUAAUCACUCAUCACAUCCACUAGUGAACAACAAUCAAAAUGAUAGUUACUAUAGGAGUAAUUUUAAAGAGUUGGUCCGAUUAGGUUCGGGUGGUUUCGGCACUGUUUUCUUAGUAAAGAGAUUGUUGGAUAAAAAAGUAUUUGCCAUAAAACGGAUUGACUUUCAAAACUCGAAUAGUGAAUCUGCGCCCGAAUAUCAUAACUAUACUAAAAAUGUGUGCCAAGAGGUGUCUCAAUUGUCCAAAUUAAGAUCACAUUGUUUAGUCUAUUAUUUCAAUCAAUGGCAAGAAGAGAAUUAUCUAUAUAUUCAGAUGGAAUUUGUGAGAUAUAAUCUUCAGAAUAUUAUACAGAAAAAAGGACAGGUAUUUGAUCGACAAUUAGGCCAACCUCUGGAACCCAUUGAAUAUUAUAUGUGUUGUGAACUGUUCAAAGAGAUUGUUGAAUGUGUUGAGUAUUUGCAUAAACUGAAACCCACACCUAUUAUUCAUCGACAUCUCAAACCGCAAAACGUAUUGAUCUCAUUUCGACCAAUAAACGACAGAUUUGUCAAACUAUGCGAUUUUGGUAUGUCAUCCGUCCAUAAGCUAAUGCUAUCGAAUAUGAACAAGGAUUGUAUGCCUACCGGUUGGGGUCCACUACAAUAUCAGGCACCGGAACUAUUUCAGGACAGUGAUUAUAAUCAUAAAAUCGAUAUUUUUAGUUUAGGACUCAUUGGUCUCAAACUAUUAAAUAUUGAUCUCAAUGUGACAAUAGAAAAUAUUUACCCCAAAAACAGUGGAUAUCUGGCCACUCCAUUGCAUCAAUUAUACCAAUUAUUAGCAUCAAUGACUUCCAGUCCUGUUUGGGAUACACGACCCGAAUGUAGUGAUAUAUUGAAUAAAUAUAACGAAUGGUCACUCUCUAAGUCAACAAUAGUUUCUCAAAUAUUUAGUGGUAAUGAUUUAAAAGCCAAUAUAACAAAAUUACAAUCAAACGACAACUCGUUUUUUUAUGAUUAUUUAAAUUAUAAAUUUAUGCCUUAUUUAACAACAUAG